AUGGCCGAUGUUACGCAGGGGACCUCGCGUGGCGUUCGGAAACCUCGCAAAUCCCGCGGCCGUGGAUUGCGGGCCACCACUGGCUGCCUGAUUUGCAAGCGUCGCCAUGUCAAGUGUGAUGAGGCUCGCCCACAAUGCGGCCCUUGCGCCAAAGGCCAACGCGACUGUGUUUAUGGGAGCAGCUAUGAAUCUGGAACUCCUAGUAUAGGGGCUAAACAAACAACCAUCCCAGUGCACUCCUCUCCUUCAUCACAAUUGACUCCACAGGUGCAGCUACACGAGCCCCUGCAAGUCUUGGUAGAUGUCUGCCAACAUGAAGACGCUUCCACUCACCGAGCGUCGGCUACGGCAUCUCCAAGGGGCCAACACAGCAGUGUGCCGCCUCAGAUUAGUCUACAUCAACACAGCCAUGUCUCUCCUUCGGCCUCAAUCCACGACUUCGCACCAUCUCCGGCUACAGAUUCCUCGGUAUCGACGAGAAUUGCUCCUUUGAGUUGGUUCGAGCUUCUGGCCAACGAUGCUGUCAAUGCGGACCGGAAUUUUUUCCUAUCAUCACCGCAUCGAGACGUGAAUCCUGCUUGCCAGGGAUCAACAACCCAUCUAUCGGUCGCAACCCUGCGACCUCACAAUGUUAGGGAAUGUCAAAGCUUUCAAGCCGCUUCUUUUGAACGUGAUCCGGAUAUCGAGAAGAGAAUAUCGCCUGCAGCUGAUGGCCAUCCAAAGCUUCCCGAUGCUCCGUCCUCUUGGUGUACUGCCGCGCCCAUUCAGUUAUCGGAACAAGAACACCUCAUGUUCAAACACUUUGUACGGAACAUGUCUAGUUGGUAUGAUUUCUUUGACCCAACGCAACAGAUUUCGAGUAAGGUUCCACAAUUGGCAAUGAGAAACAUAGGUGUAAUGAAGGCCCUUCUGGCCCUCUCGGCACGCCAUCUUUCCAUCUGGCAUACCUACAAAGGCUCAGGGCUUGUUCCAUCCCGGGAAGAUGGAAGAAGAAUGAUGGAUUUCCCAGAUGUCGAUCGCAACAUUGCAGUCCAGUAUUACUACGAGACCCUGCAGUACCUCAACAAGGCUAUGCAGUAUCCCAGCUACGCAUACAGCCACGAGAUCAUUACCACGUCACUCCUGAUCAGCACAUACGAAAUGGUGGAUGGAUCCAAUCGCGACUGGGAGCGGCAUCUGAAAGGGGUAUUCUGGAUUCAAAGGUACCAAAACAACGAUGGAGAAUGUGGGGGGUUGCGUCAAGCCAUCUGGUGGGCAUGGCUGCGGCAGGAUGUCUGGGUAGCAAUGCGGGAGCGACGUCGAGUCUUCAGCUUCUGGAAGCCCAAGCGACACAUCUCCUCGCUGUCCCCGACGGAGCUGGCCGGCUUCGUUUCAUACAUCCUUGGACAAUGCGUCAACUAUGCCUCGCGUGAAGAGGCAGCAUCUAAAGACAUACAGAGUCGAUUGGAGAGGGGCAAUGAGCUCCUCUACAUGCUGCAGGAAUGGCAGGAUUAUUUGCCACCGGAGUUCAAUCCACUCCCUUGUGAGCAGGACGCGACCGUCUUUCCACCGAUCUGGGUCCAUCCGCCCCCAUAUGCAGCGGCAUUGCAAAUACAAAGCUUAGCUAGAAUUCUGGUAUUAUCACACCGUCCGACUGUGAACGGGUUCCAAGAUUACCGUGCUGCUCAAAAGCUGCUUACUACGUCAGUGAACACAAUUAUGUGGCAUUGCUCGAACUAUAAGCGAGGACAACGUCGCUGCCAGCCUUAUGUCACUGUAUUGUAUAUAUGGGGGUAA